UUGAACUCUCACUUCAUUAGUUUUCAAUAGUUUUUCUUUGUAGGUGUGUUAGCUACAAAGUGUUUUAAACUUUCAUUUCAUUGAUAGGUUUUGGUUAGUUGGAGUGAAAAUAAUGUCACCAAAAAGGCUCCCUCACCAAACUUCAGCAAAACUUGCUCUUAGAAACAACCAUGAGCAACCCCAAGACGAAGUGCAACCCGAAGAAAUUGAUCAAAGUUGUUUGCUGAGCGAUGAGUACAAGGAUGAGAACAAAGACAAAAGCUUGUCAAAUGAGAGACAAGAGUUUGAGAAAAAAGUAAUAGCAACACAAAGUCUCCCUCAAGAGACUCCAACAGAGAUUGCUCCCAGAAAUGACCACGAGCAACUCGAAGCUGAAGUGCAACCUGUAGAAGAAGUUGACUUAGAUCAAAGUUAUUCGAUGAGUGAGGGGGACAAGGAUGAGGAUGGGGAUGAAGAUGAGGAUGAGGAAGAAUAUGUGACUAUAGAUUUGGCAAAUUUGAAGGAAUUGCGGUGUCCUAUAUGCCUAGGUAUUCUCCGGAAAACAAAAGCAGUUAUGGAAUGCAUGCACCGCUUCUGUGGAAAGUGCAUAGAGAAAUCCAUGCGUCUUAGUAACAAUGAAUGUCCCGUUUGUCGUGUACACUGUCCUAGCCGUCGAUCACUUAGAGAUGACCCAAAUUUUGAUAAUAUAAUUGCUGCUAUAUAUCCGGAUAUUGACAAGUAUGAGGAGGAGGAGGAAUUGGCAAUGUAUGAGAGUGAAAGGACUCAUAACAAAGAGGAAUCUCCCACUAUCGAUGUGGAUAUAACUAUUGGUGAAAGUAUCCAAGACGUCAAUAGAGAAAUAAGUUCUUCUGCUGAUAGUCACCAGAGUAACACUCGAGUGAGUGGUGAUAAUGGCAUGAGUAGUCGUCUCUCUAGAUUUAUUAAUCAUUUACAUAACUCGAAUGUAAAUGAUGGUGAGUUGGACAUCCCCCUUGUGCUUGUCUCUUUGGAUGAGCAAAAGAUGCCAACUUUACAAGAGCCAUACCUUCAUUGUAGGCCUACUUGUUCAGUGAAAAUCUUGUGCAAGUAUGUUGCACUUAAAGUUGAGCUCCUACCUAAUGAAGUUGAACUAAGCUUGGUAGAAGAAUCUCAAACCAAUGUUAUGCGAGAUGAACUAAUUGUUGAUCCAAACAAGGAUAAAUUGCGUGUUUUAAGGGAUGAAGAAACAUUGGCUGACCUAUACAAGCCAAACGUCACCAACUGCGGUCAUUUGCUCCUGGCUUAUAAGAUGAAGUAGCAACUUUCGGAGUUUGGAACACAUUUGGGUUAAGCAAAAUAAUGAAUAAUCACUUGACCAUUUUUUGUCAAGUGCAUAAUUAUAUAGAACAAUGAAAAAUGUAUGGUAGUUUUAUCAUUUUUAAUUAUUUCCCCGUGUUAGACAAUCGCAUAUUUGACGUAAGGAAGUUUUACAAACUAUAAGUGCCCUAAAAUAUUCAUAAAUAUUUCAUGAAAUCAUAUUUAGUAAUCUUUUAAUGUU